AUGAUGAGCCUGACAAGUAACAUUAAGAAGAUCCUUUAUGUUUUCAAAGAGGUCACUCCUGCUCUUAGUAGCGGGGUUCUCUUAGUGACUCUGCUGUCAUGUGUUCUGUUUGGCAUCCAGACUUAUUUUAACUUGACUCAAGGCAUCCUCAGCAUCGGUAAGAGUGUUUUUCAGAGUGGGCACAUCCACAGGGUCUUUGUGUAUCCGUUCUACCACAGAACCUUUGCUCAGCUCCUGCUCAACAUCACGGCCGUGCUGUUUCUGUGUGGCAGCGUGGAGAAAGGCCUCGGCACGAUGCGGUUCAUCUUCCUUUUCCCCCUGCUGUCCUCCACCACGGGCCUCUUUUACAGCUUCUUGGACUUCCUGCAGGAAGUGGACAUGCAGACACCCACGGAAGGCUUGCUUCCUGUUACGCUGGCCUGUGUGGCUCUGACGACCCUGCACACGAAGACGGCCAGAGCUUUUCUGUGCGGCGUCAGCUUCCCCACCUUUGCCCUCCCUUGGGUGCUCCUCCUGAUCUGCACCGCCCUCAUCCCCCGCAGCGUGAUGCUCUGCAACGUCAUCGGGAUCCUGGUCGGGUGGAUGUUCGGGAGAGGGUGGCUCUCGCUGGUGGAGCUGUCCGAGGCCAGGGCGGGAGUUCUGGAGAAGAGGAUCCCGUUCAGGUUGCUGAAGAGCGCCUGUGGUGACCUGUUCAUUCCGGCCUCCGCCGAGGAGAGGAGGAAAACCCUCCUCCCACAAGUCAACCCCACACCUGGGUCUUACCCAGUCCAAGCUUACGCUCCGGCGUCCAGCGUCAAAGCGGCGGCGGCUACCUACGAAGGCUGGCCGAACCCGUCCAGCCCAUUGUCCAGUUCGGUGCCACCCCACAGCCACAGCCCACACGGUCAUCUCUCGGCUCACGCCUCGGGCCACGCACACGGAAGCUUCACAGGCCAGAGCUUUGGCCACAGCUGCCACCACGGUCACAGUCAUCAUGGCCUGCAACACUAG